UCGACGAGCAGGAAAAUCUUUCUGCAGAACUUUUGGGGAUUUUUUUGGGAAUAUUUCUCUUCAUCCUUCUGUUACGAUGGCUUCUUCUUCUUCUUCUUCUCUGGUUCCUCUUGUCCUGCUCUUCCUCACCGUCGCCGUGGAGACGAGGCCUUCACCAUCUCAACGAGACAACAAACAGAUGUUACACUCUCUGUUCGGCCCCCGCCUCUCCUCCCUCAUCUCGGCCCCUCCCACCUCUGAUGACAUCACGGAGGGCUCGGCCGGCCCCCCCUCCCCCUCCCACCCGGCUGCCGCUGCGAGCCGAUUGGCCGGCCGGCAGGAGGCGGUGCCUCGUUUCUACCUGGACUUAGUGCAGCGGCAGAGGAUGUCUCGGCAGCGCAGCCGGAAGUCAAUGUUCGGAGGAAGAGGAGGCUGCUUCGGGAUGAAGAUGGACCGCAUCGGCUCCAUCAGCGGCCUGGGGUGUUAG